AUGGGUUUCGCGUAUAUAUUGUAUAUUUCAAUGUUUCAGAUUGCGUCUAUUUCUCUUCUCGCCCUCGUAGUGACGGCUGAGAAAAAGAUUGAGUUGCAAGAUAUAGAAGAAGAUAAUUUAAAAAGUGAAAAGCAAAAACAGUAUGAGAAGACAGAAGUACGGCAACAAGAUUACAGUGGUUCAGCUCCGGGCUUGGCAGAGCUUGACUAUCUUAAAAAUAAUUACGUCCAGUACUAUGAACCGACUCAAGCGCCACAAUCGCAUCGAUUUGUUCAUCAAUACGCAGUAACAGAACAUCCAGAAAGGUCACCCGCUACACCAAAACCUCAGUACGGACCACCAAUACCCCAACAACCAGUUGUUGGAUAUUUGUCGAAUGUUCCGAUGCAAAUAUACUUAGUCCCGCAAUAUUACAACGAACCUACCGAACAAACAGCACAUUCUCAUCAAGGAGUUCAAAUUUCAGCACCUGCUGUUGCCCAAGUAUCUUAUCAAGAGCAACAACACGUUCAACAACAACCCAGAUAUAUAGAAGUGCCAGCAUACGUGACACCGACAGCACAUCUUCAGCCUUACACUCCUUCUGUAUCAUAUGUUAAUUAUGUUCAGCCGACGAUAGCACCAGCACAGGCUACAGUUACCCCCGUUAUAGCUUAUCAAAUGCCAGUUGUUCACUAUCCUACUACUAUUUCUGCACCACCAACUAAGGGUUAUUACCAAAGUCCUCAAUACAUAGAAACAAAUUCUGUAGAUGAAAGUUUUAAUAACAAAAUUCAUAAUAAUGAACUAUAUCCUACUCACGUCGAAAGACCAUCGCUAAAACCGACAGGUUCAGGCUAUCCAAGAUACUACAAUUCUCGCACACCCAUUAGAGAAGAAUAUAGACACCCUAUAGAACUGCCUAAUCCAAGUCCACUUCUUUUAAAGGCACCGCCAUCUCACCUUGCGCACCUUCCAAAGGCUUUACCGAUGUACCGACCUUUGACAAAACCCGUUUACACAACUGGGGGAGGAUAUGUAUCUAGUACUUUUUCUCCCAGACCUAGUGAAAGUUUCUCGCAUCCGUUUAAGAGACGACCAACGUCUUUACUCGAUUCAUAUAUCCCUUCCAGUAUCCAAAUAGAAUACUUAAAAAGAGGCUACGCUAAAGAUCCCAUAUCCGCUUACGAAGCAUUAUCAAGUGGCAGACAUUUAUCUCAGUCGUCUCAGGCGCCUGUUUUUCCUAGACAUUACGAGCGAGGAUUUCUCCCAAAUGAAAUGUAUCACACGGCUGCAGGUGGUAUUACAUAUGGCCACCACAAAAGAGCACCAAAAGUAGAGAAAGAUUCACAAAAAUAA